AUGGCGGAGCUCAGUACUAUCUUUCCUUCUGGACCGUUCACAUCCCUCGAGCCGGGCAACAGAACUUACUGUAACGUUAACAAAGACUUCACAGCGAAGUUCCUGCCGACCGUGUACACCAUCGUGUUUAUAAUGGGCUUCCUGGGGAAUUGCUGGGUGCUGGGAGAUAUGUGCUUGAGCCGGAGGAAAUGCACCAACAUCACUGUGUUCUUAUUUAAUCUGGGCCUGGCUGAUCUCCUGUAUGUCAUUAGCUUGCCCUUCCUGGUGGUGUACUAUGCCAGUGAACGCUAUUGGAUGUUCGGGAAAGCGUUUUGCAGAAUAACGAGGCUCCUGUUCCACCUGAACUUGUAUGGCAGCAUCGGAUUCCUCACCUGUAUCAGUGUGCAGCGGUACCUGGGCAUAGUGCACCCCAUGAAAGUGUUGGGCAGAUGGAAUCGCCGCCACUCGCUGCUCAUCAGCCUCCUGGUCUGGGGGCUGGUUCUAACCCAAACCUCAGCCGAUCUACAUUUCACCAAGACGAACCUCAAUGGCACCAAAUGUUACGACAGCGUUACGACAAAGGAACUGAAGCAGUACAUAAAGUAUAAUCUCGCCCUGUCCGUGAUAGCUUUCUUCAUCCCCUUCCUCAUCAUUGUCGGCUGUUACAGCCACGUUGUUCUGGUUCUGAUCCGCAACAACAACGUGGACCAAGGCUUGAGGGAUCGCUGCCUUAAGCUUGUGCUGAUCAUGACGGUUUUGUUUUCGCUUUGUUUCGCACCUUAUCACGUCCUGAGGAACGCGAACCUGAUCUCGAGGUACUUCCAACUCCAGGGCCAGUGCAUUCAAACCUUCAAAAACAUUUAUCUGGGUUACCAAGUGGCCAGGGCCAUGGCCAGCUUGAACAGCAUCAUUAACCCACUCGUUUACGUUCUGGCUGGAGACAAUAUGAAGUCAUGAAUUGAAAAGUUCGGAAGAGCUGCCCGUACUUUGUCCUCAACACCUACCAUCCAAGUGGCUGAACUUGAAAAGAACUUACUUAGCAACCUAUAAAUAUUCAAUAGCUUCACAGCA